AUGGAGAAGAGGGUAGCAAUAAUAGGAGCAGGAAUUUCCGGGCUUCUUGCCUGCAAAUACACUGUAGCAAAAGGGUUUCAGCCCAUAGUCUUUGAAGAAAAAGGAACCAUUGGAGGACUUUGGGCUCAAACCAUAGAGUCCACUAAACUCCAGAACAUCAAAGAAGCUUACCAGUUUACUGAUUUCCCAUGGCCGCCUUCUGUAGAAGAGAUGUGUCCUAAUAAUACCCAAGUUUUGGAUUACAUUCAAUCUUAUGCCCAACACUUUGGUCUCUUGUCUUACAUUAAGUUCAACUCAAAAGUCAUCAGUAUAGAGCAUGAGGGGGAGUCUCAUGAGGAGAGAGAAUCAUGGGAUCUUUGGGGUGGAACAGGUGAGGCAUUUGGGUCCAAAGGAAAAUGGCACAUACAAGUGCAAAACACAGAGAAAUGCUCCACAGAGGAAUAUGAAGUUGAGUUUGUGAUUGUUUGUACUGGAAGAUUCAGUGGUGUGCCAAACUUUCCAGAGUUCCCUCAAGGUCAUGGUCCAGAGGUAUACUCUGGGAAGGUUAUGCAUUCAAUGGACUACUCUGCUAUGGACAAUGCAGCUGCUGCAGAAUUGAUUAAAGGAAAGAAAAUUGCAGUUAUAGGCUCUUCAAAAUCUGCAGUGGACAUAUCAGCCGAAUGUGCCGAUGCAAAUGGGACCAAUUACCCUUGCACGAUGAUUCAAAGGAACAUUCAUUGGAUGAUCCCUGAUUUUUUUGUAUGCGGAGUUAAUCUUGGUUACUUAUACUUCAAUCGCUUCUCGGAGCUUCUGUUUCACAAGCCUGGUGAAACAUUCCUACUCAGUGUCUUGGCCACCCUGCUUUCACCUUUGAGGUGGGGGAUCUCAAAAUUUGUCGAGAGCUAUCUCAGAUGGAAAUUUCCCUUGAAAAAAUAUGGAAUGGUACCAAAAGAUAGCUUUUUCCACGAUGUUACUUCUUGUAUAAUUCUCAUUCUACCUAAGUAUUUUUACGACAAAGUGAUAGAAGGAAGCAUCAUUUUGAAGAAAUCACAAAGCUUCAGCUUCUGCAAGGAAGGUUUACUUAUUGAAGGAGAAGACGAGCCUCUAAAAACCAAUCUUGUGAUCUUUGCCACUGGAUACAGAGGUGAUCUCAAGCUCAAAAAUAUUUUCACCUCACCAACUUUCCAAAAACACAUAAUGGAGUCGCAAACUUCCUCAAUUCCUCUCUACAGGCAGAUCAUUCAUCCUCGAAUUCCUCAACUAGCAAUAAUAGGAUAUUCGGAGAGUCUUGAUAAUCUAUACACCUUUGAGAUCAGGUGUCAAUGGCUAGCACAUUUUCUCGAUGGAACAUUCCAAUUGCCAAGUAUAAAGGAUAUGGAGACGGAUGUUAGACAGUGGGAAGAUUACAUGAAGCGAUACGCUGGCAGUUCUUACCAAAGAUCUUGUAUUGGUGGUGUGCAUAUAUGGUACAAUGAUCAAUUGUGCAAAGACAUUGGAUGCAAUCCAAGAAGAAAGAAGGGAUUGUUUCAGGAAUUGUUUGAACCAUAUGGACCUGCAGACUAUGUAGGACUCCAAUCUCAAUCAAGAGGUGGAGCUAAACAAUCUUAGAAAACCAAAUGAAGGUACUAUAUUGAAUUUGUUAUGGUCAG